UUUAAACUUAAACAUACUUUUAAGGUCAUUUCCCAAUUUGUGCUUAUGCUUGAUUUCUACAAAUAACUGAGACCGAGAAAGGGAAUUUUGUUACGUUGGGUUAAAGUGGCGUAUCUGCGUCUUGCACACCUGCUAUAUAUUAUCUACGUCUCACGUGAUAUAUUAGCUACUCGCGUGAAUGUGCUUUACCAUUACCCCUUCUUGUGAAUGCGGCCAAUGAUACUCGUUUUCCUCUAAAUAAGUUUGUAUUUUCAAGAUUUCCUGGACUUCACGUCUAAAAUUGAUUAUCAGCUAAAUGUUAUUCUUAAAGCGCGACCAAAGCUCACUUGGGGGGAUUCGUGCACAGCCCUCAAACGUGCGGUUACCUCCACAUAGCAAUCAGGACUCAUUGCUGUGCUUCUGAUGGUGCUGGAGUGGACCCGACCAGGCCUGCCCACCCCGCUGCGGCCCAUUUGUGACCCGCGGGUCCUGGACCGCUUCAUCAAGGAGGCCCGCGACACGGAGGCCGCCACGCGGGGUUGUAGGGAAGGCUGCGGUCUUGCUGAGCCGCUGACCGUUCCCCUGACGAGCGUCGACUACAGCAUCUGGGAAAAUAAAAAUGUUCAGGAGCAGGCCAGGGAGGUGCAGGCAGGACUGUCUUUGCUGGGGCAGGCCAUCAAUGUGGUCCGAGCAUCCGUCACCAAUAGUGCGCUACACAGCCUCAUAGAGAACAGCUACAACAACAUCCGCAGCAUAGGGCAAGUGCUCAACAGCCUGAACAUACAGGAGGCCCCAUCUUCAACAGGUGGGAGUGAAGAUACGUGGCGUGUGACCACCACGUCAGAACUGUUUCGCGUCCACACCAACUUCCUGCGUGGCAAAGUACGCCUCCUGCUCUCCUCCGCCCCAGCCUGCAACCAGGACUCAAGCUGAUUGGAGCUCAUUGGGGGCGAGGAAGCCGGAUGAUUGGACCUCCUGAGGGAAAGGGGACAGGGGAAUGGACCCUGAUUUAACACGGGGCCUGAACUUCGUUGAGAGGAAGUUGUGGACUGAGGGAAUGCCGGUUGAAAAAAAAAACUCACGCGGACGACACAACGAAUGGAUUAAUGGCUGACUUGUCCCAGAGGACGUGUAGCGGGUCGCACUUGUAGUGCGUGACACGACGCUCGCGGGAGUUCAGACGGGCAGGCAAUAACGGAUUGGGGUGCCAGCUGAAAACACUGCAGUAGAACGGCCCCAGAACCCUGCGCUCACCCCCCCCCCCCUUCCGUGUGCGCCUGUGCAACUGGACCCAUACGUUUGGACCUACGGGAACUGCGACAGGACCCAGCCCUCUGCACUGCACUGCACCCUUCGCAUCGUCAGCUAACCUGUCCUUGCUGAGGAGCCCUGUAGUCUCCAGUCCGCACGGCUUACCGCACCACACGACUGAAUUAAUCGUUGCUGCACAAUUGUUGUUCUCAUGUCAUCCAGUUGUUCUUUUCUUCGUGUUUUUUACAUCACUUUUAUAAUAUAAUUGUUGUUAUUAUGUGCUGUGUGUGCGUGUGUGUUUGUGUGUGUGUGUAUGUGCGUGUUUGUGUGUGUGUGUGUGUGUGUGUGUGUAUCAGUGUAGCAGUCUGAGUCUGAGUCUCCAAGUUGAAGUCUGCUUUGAGUCCCCUGUGUUCCACUCCUUCACGAUCAAAGGACCGAAAAACUAUUUUAAGGGUCUGAACUAAACAAAAAAAAAAAUCACUCUUUGAAAUUGAGUUUA